UCUAUGGGCCUCUGUUCAGUAGAGUUCAGUGAGACACAGAUUUCAACAGAAACACAGUCAGACAGCAGUGAAAACAACAUCACUGUCAUUACACUCGAUUGAGUAAUCAUACUUUUUAAUUAAAUAAAUGCUUCGCUGUUCUCAUUAAACUAAAGACUAAAGACUCGUCUGAGAUCAACGUGUUUGGUGUAACGUCUUUGAGUCAACGACUCACUAAUAUUUGCAAUGGAAGAGCUUCAUGUCCAUUGCCUGAAAUGUGUCAACCGCCGAUGUAUGAUGAGACCAGAGCCUAGCAUUUCCUGUGACCUCAUGGGCUGCCCUCUUGUAUGUGGGGCGGUUUUCCACUCAUGCAAACUGAAUGAACACCGUUUGCUGUGCCCAUAUGAAAGAGUCCCAUGUCUGAACCGUGGAUUUGGAUGUCCAUUUAACCUCGCCAGGGUCAAAAUGGCACAGCAUCUUGAAACGUGCCCAGCCAGCGUUGUGUGUUGCACUAUGGAAUGGAACCGAUGGCCAGUUAGUUAUGCCGAUCGUAAGUCCUACGACAACUUGAGUAAGGAGGUCUGUGACGUGGAGCAGCUUGACAUGGCGUUGGCCCUCCAGGAUCAGCGGAUGUUGCUGGAGUCGCUUAAAGUUGCAACCACUGUGACAAAAGCUCUGGAGGAGCAAAAUCAGGACAAUUCCAGCCCCCAGGGUUCAGACCCGGAAAAUGAAUUAAUUGAAACAGACGAGGAACCUUAUGGUGGACCUUACACAAUUUCAGUGGAAAACAGUGGAGGCUUUGCUGCCACUUUAGACGUUCUCCGUAGUGCAAAAAAUAUUGACUUGAUUGUGGAGAAUUUUGAUGGUGAAGAACAGAAUGGAGGUUGCAGUGGUGUCAGAAAUGGCAAUGGGGACUUUAGCAAUGACACAACAAAGGAAAGUGACACUGAUUCUGAUUCUGAUUUGGGAGCGGUAGGUGGGGCUGAUUGUCCAUUUCCAGUAGACCCUGAAGACGAAAGAGAUGAUUGGUUGGAGAACAGUGGAUGCGGUGAAUCUUCUGAAGAAGAAGGCGAAAUGAAUGGUGGGAUAGAACUCAGUGGACUUCAUAAUGAAGGAAACACUGACAGCCAGGUUAGACUCGAAAGGGACAAUGCCUCUUUAAACAUAAGGCAGGUUUUACCUGAUCAUUCCAUACCUGUUCUAGCACGGGAGCCUGAAAUGCCCCACUUCCCCCAACUACCUCUUCCUUUACCCAUCCCUGCGCCUAACCUGAUGCACAACAAUGUUCUGCACCAUUUGCCUUUUAGAAUUGAGGACCGAUGGCUGGAGCGCAAGUUGGAGAAUCUCCAGGUACUCCGAGGAAUGAAUUUGUUUACAAUUAAUGGCCGAAGGACUCUGUUUUCUGACCCCUAUUUAUUCAAAGCCAAGAUGGAGGACAAGGCGGUGGACACGUCAGACCUUGAGGUGGCAGAUGAUCCGAUGGGUCUUCAUGGCAUUGACCUUAUCACUGCUGCCUUGCUUUUUUGUUUGGGAGACUCACCCGGAGGUAGGGGCAUCUCAGACAGUCGUUUUGUAGAUGGGUAUCGAAUUGACUUUGGCACACAAACCUUUUCCCUCCCUUCUGCCAUACUGGCAACCAGCACCAUGGUAGGUGAUAUUGCCUCAGCAUCUGCCUGUGACCACGCCAGUCCACAACUCUCUAACCCCAGCCCAUUUCACACUCUCAGAUUAGACCUCGUUCUGGAGUGUGUGGCACGCUAUCAGACCAAACAGCGUUCGAUGUUCACCUUCGUAUGUGGACAGCUGUUUCGCAGGGAUGAGUUCUCCUCCCAUUUUAAAAACGUCCAUGGUGACAUACAUGCUGGCCUCAAUGGUUGGAUGGAGCAAAGGUGCCCAUUGGCGUACUAUGGAUGCACCUACUCACAAAGAAGGUUCUGCCCUUCGGUACAAGGUUUCAGAAUCAUCCAUGACCGACACCUGGGCUCCUUUGGGGUGCAACCAGGGUUAGCAACUUAUCCCAAUGAGCCUCUAUCUAGAACUGACACCUGUCAGUUUAGGUCCCACUGUGACCACCUUAGUGACCUUCCCUUUGAGUUACUCCAGCACAUUGCAAGCUUCUUGGACGGCUUUAGCCUAUGCCAACUCUCCAGGGUGUCUCGCACUAUGAGGGACGUUUGUGCCAGUCUUCUUCAAUCUCGUGGCAUGGUGGUCCUGCUCUGGGAGAAGACAAAGGGAGCUGAUGGAACCACAUCCUGGCAGAUACAAGACAAGGUCUGGCGGUUCAGCACAGCGUUUGACACUGUGAACGAGUGGAAGUUUGCCAACAUAUCCAGCAUGGCCGACCACCUCAAGACAUGCAAGUUUAACACCAUAGCUCGGAGAGAAGAGGCUGUCCCACUUCCAUGUAUGAGUUUCACAAGAGAACUUACAAAAGAAGGACGCUCUUUACGUUCAGUGCUCAAACCAGUGAUAUAGACUGUAGUCAAAAUGAGCAUUUAAUUUUACAAUACAACAUGCCUUAUGUAUUUAGAUGAACUGUGGAAUUUGUUUGGUGACGUAAUCAUUAAAAUAAGAGCCUCAACUUAAACCACUUUUGGAAGAGAUGUUUUUUUUUUAAUAAACAGUAACUACCUGCUGUAGUGACAAUGGUUGUGCUGUCCUGCACUUUUGAUACAGUAUAUUCAGAGUUUGUUUUUUUUGUUUUUUUACAAAUUCAUUGCUUUUGUUGAUAUAUGUAGCUUCAAACCAGAAACAUUACAUUGUUAAAUGGUGAUGACCAAACAGAAAACCAUUAUCUUUAUUUUUGUAAUACAGGAAUAGUACACAAGUAUUUCUAUAGCAUAAAUCAGUGGUUGUCAAUUGGUUUUACUUUUGGACACAAAAAAUAGUGACCGUAUACAAUGCUAGAUAUAAUCUGUCUUUAUAGUUUCCUUGGUCAUGUUUUUUCCACCCAAGUUUUCCUUCUAGAGGAUGAAUGUCAAGGAAAUUGUCCAUUUUGACAUUUCGUUCAGUAGAUGAAUUCGAUUAGACGUUGUGACAUUUUUCUCUAUUUACAAGUCCGUUAUUUUACUGCCCUACUUAAUCAUGACUUUAUGGUUAGUUUCAUUCGAUCGUUUCCUUUUUUUUAACUGCUGUUGCUGAACAGACCUGCAAAACAUUAACUGAGAACCACUGACGUACACCUGAUUUCUCUCUCAUUUAAAAGUCUAUAAAUGACGGUCUUAGAAUUUUUUCCUAUAUCAGUUUGUCAGAACAAAAUCAACAGUUAUUUCUCUGAGAAGCAUUUCUAUAUAUAUAUAUAUAUAUAUAUAUAUAUAUAUAUAUAUAUAUAUAUAUAUAUAUAUAUAUAUAUAUAUAUAUAUAUAUAUAUAUAUAUACUUGAUACUGUCAUACACAACACUUCCAGUGGUCAUCCUCUGUGUCUUUUAAAAAGUGAAAGAAUUCAUGUAAAUGUACUUAAUCUCGAUGGCAUGUCCUUAAUGAAUACUUUUUACAAUCUUCCUGAUUGUGAGUGACUGCGAAAAACCUGCAGGACAGGUACAAGACUGCAGUUGUAACCUGACUUUUGGUUGCACACGGUACAUGUGCCGAUGUACUUCUCUGUCUCUCAGGGGUUAACAUCAAGCAUAUGCCAUUAUAGGCAGUUCAUCUGUGAGAAACUUGACACGAGCUUGUGACUCUCUUCCACUUUUAUUUGUUGAUGGUUAAAAAGUCAAGUUUACAGUUAAGAUGUACUGUAAGGCUGAUGAUGCAGCUUUUUUUAAACAACGUUGCUUGGGCUCUUUUCCACUGAGAAUAAGUAACACAUUUCUAUCUGGAUAAUUUAGAUCUUUAGGUCUUGGGCACUGUCUCACCUGGUUGCCCAUUGACGGCAACAUCGCUGGAAAAGUUGCACGGUGUAUCAUCAGCCUUAUAACUCUUUUCAGUUGUGCUGUUCAAUGUUUCAGUUUGCUAACAUUCUGAAAUGUUGCGUUUUUUGUUUUUUUCAUCUGGAAAGAAAGCAAUUCUCUCAGCCUUGUUUAAAGGAUUAGAUGUGUGAUACUGUAUGUGCUUUCUGUGAAUUUUCAGUAUGACUGUCCUUACAUUUUUGUUGAGAGAUGACAAUAGAGCAAUAUUCGGAAACAUCCGAGUUUCUGAGUAAUCUAAUUCUAGCAUCUUUGACAACUGAAGAUUCAUGAAAUGUCUAUUUUUAAAGAAUUUUUCAGUUGACAUCAGUCGACGUGCAAUGUGUUACAUUGUCUUUGCUUGAGUGUUUUUUUUCCCCUAAAGGAACAAAAUGCAUUUAUAUAUUGCAUAAAGCCUUAUUUCUUUUUUUAAACAAUUGUGAUGUUUGAAUUUAUUUAAAUAUAUUUACUCUAGGUUUUACAGCCAUAUAUAUAUAGUAAUAUGAGGGAACUCAGGUAUUUGAAGAAGAGUUGUGGAAAGGUCGGGGUUGAUUAUAUACUGUGUGGUUUCCGUCGUUUGUUUGUUUUUGAAAGGAAUGUACAUUUACUUUCCAUACUCUGACAAUUUUGUAAUACAGUUUUCAUAUUUGCGAUUUCAUAUGACCUCAUGCAUGUUAGUUCUCAAAUCCAUUUUUCUAUUGUAAAUAAUCAAAAUGUUUGCCCAUCUAGGUUAACUAACCUAAACAGUUGUUUCACCCCAACAGUUGUCAUUAUUUGCAUUUUUUUUAUUUUAUUUAAUAAAGUGUGAGAAAUCCA